CUAAAAAGGAUGUGUGCAUUCCACAAAGGACGCACUUUAUUUUUCUGUGGGCUGUGCCUGAGUCUCAGCUGUGGCGUCGGCAUCAUCUUUGUGAAACCAACUGGCGGGAAAACAGUUGUGCCAUUGCCAAAAGAAAGCCACAAUUCUUUUAUUUUUCGGUUAUGUCAUCUUAUACACAUGUCCUCGGAUUUGCACCCGUAGUUGAUCAUUCUUUUUUCUUUACUCUAUGCAAUGAGGAAUGUUAGAUUAUUUCACCAUCCCAAUCCUUGUCGCAUUCCCGUGAAACACAAUGCAGAGUCAAAGUCAGUUUCAUUGCUAGACUACCUUGCUGAACGAUGUCCCUCGCUUGUUGGUCACAGCGCCCAGUUCCAUCCGUCCCCUUAUCUAUUCAACGGUCACCUUCAGACUAUGUAUGCCGCCAUGUACAAAGAUACAGCGACGGCCGAUAAGAUCGUCUAUGAAAGGGAGUUACUGCGCAUGGCCAACGGAGGUCAAGUAUCAUUGGAUUGGACCUUGCCUGCUUCGGGUGCACCAGCGUUUACAGACAGCACACCUACGCUUGUGAUCCUUCACGGCUUGACGGGAGGAAGCCAUGAAGCGUACAUUCGUGGGUUACUUGAAGUGGUUACUCGUCCUCCUUUCAAUUAUCGUGGUGUAGUCAUGAAUGCACGCGGGUGUUGCAACACCGAUAUUCUUACGCCUCAGUUAUUCAAUGGGGCAUGGACAGAUGAUCUACGAGAAUGUCUCGCUCAUUUACAGAAAAAAUUGGCACCGGGCACACCGCUGAUUGGUAUUGGCUAUUCCCUCGGUUCCAACAUCUUGGUCAAGUACCUUGGAGAGGAAGGAGAUAAGACCCCGUUCAAGGCCGCCAUCUCAGUUGCCAACCCAUUUGAUUUCCUCGUGUCAAGCAAUGCAUUGGAACGAGGGUUCUUGAGCAAACAUGUUUAUACCCGAGCCAUGGCCAAUAACCUGAAGCGACUAUUUGAAGUCAAUAAGGAAAUGAUGGCGCAACGGCAGGAUAUUUCUUAUGAUCAAGUGAUGGCCGCCCAAUCGAUCCGUGAAUUUGAUGAUGCUUGCACGCGCAAAGUGUUUGGAUACACCACGGUGAAUAACUACUACCGUGAAGCAAGUUCUAGUCAGUUUAUUGAGCACGUAAAGGUACCUUUGUUAUGCCUCAAUGCGAUGGACGAUCCUAUUGCAACGCCAGAGUGUAUUCCUUGGGAUGAAAUCAAGAUCAAUCCGUAUGUGGUUUUAGCCACGACUGAGCACGGUGGCCAUCUCGGAUGGUUUGAGCAUUUUUAUCAUCCGUCCCGAUGGGUCGAUAAACCACUGGCGGAAUUCAUUGUUGCCAUGUUUGAAGCCUACGAUCCUCGCUUCAAGUCCGAUUCCGCCCUUCUUGAUCCCCAGACCAUCAUGCAGAACGUAGACACUAUCAAACAACACCAUUGAAAAUCAUCCCUAUUGUAUCAUUGUAUUAUUAAUUUUUAUCUAUUUAUUAAAUCUCUUUUUUUUUUUUUGGUUCAUGCAAUGACUUUUUCUUUCUUCAGGAGCAACAGGGACGACAUUAAAUGUUGAACACGUUGUGGAGUCA